AUGUCUCUAAUCAUGAAAAAUCUCACCAUCAUUACUGAGUUUGUCUUCAUGGGACUUUCCAGGAAUCCUCAGAUCCAGACCAUGCUUUUUGCACUAUUCCUGGUGAUGUACCUCUUAACUCUGAUGGGGAACCUGAUGGUGAUCUUGGUGAUCAGGACUGAUUACCACCUUAAAACACCCAUGUACUUCUUCCUAGGUCACCUGUCAUUUCUGGAUCUCUCCCUAUCUUCAGUAACCAUGCCCAAGAUGCUGCAGAACUUAUUAACUCAAAAGAAAACCAUCUCUACGUGGGCCUGCAUGACCCAGAGUUUCUUUCUCAUGUUCUCUGGGACCACAGAGAGCUGCCUACUCUCUGUCAUGGCCUAUGACCGCUAUGCUGCCAUCUGCCACCCUCUGCUCUACAGUGUGGUUUUGAACAGGCCUCUCUGUGUCGGAAUGGUGAUUGCAGCAUGGGUAAUGGGGUUCCUAAACUCGUUGUCAAACAAUCUUUUCACUUACAACUUACAUUUCUGUGGGCCCAGUGUCAUCCCUCACUUCUGCUGUGAGCUGCCUUUACUCUUCUCUCUAUCCUGCACUGAUCCUGCUGCCAACGAGGCCUUUCUUGCUGGGUCAUGUGCAUUGUUAGGAUUUUUAACACUUUCCCUGAUCCUCUUCUCUUAUUCUAGAAUCAUCUCUGUUAUCAUAAGCAUCCAUUCUUCUGGGGGUCGAGAAAAAGCCUUCUCUACGUGUUCCUCCCACCUCACUGUGGUGCUUUUGUUCUAUGGGACAGCUUUAUUUAGGUACAUGAGCCCUCUCUCAGGCUCCAUGUUGGAGCGUGUGGUCUCCAUUCAAUACAGUGUGAUUACAUCCUUGCUGAACCCUCUCAUUUACAGCCUCAAGAACCAGGAGGUGAAGACAGCCCUGUGUAGAAUGUUGAAGAAAUAA